AUGUCAGGAGCUUGGGAUGGCACUGAGCAAGGUUACAGGAACUACUCUGUCCCUGUGCGUGAGCUCGCUGGGUGCCUCCUUCUGUUGCUAGCGGACAGCCCCUCACUGGGGCUUUCACCUUCACAACUGAACACUGUCACGCUCGAGGACCUGGAGCUUCUCUUAACAGAAGGCCUAGCCAGUCCCGAGCCCUUGGGUGUGGAUACCUCAGAAAGGUAUGAGUGCAGUGGCCCGGCGUCCAGCUGCGUGGUCCCUGAACACGACACCCCUAAGCAGCGGAAACAGCUGGAGCAGUGGGUAGCUGAGCUGCAGGCUGAGGUGGUUCGCCUGAGGGCACACAGGGAACGCUGUGAGCAUGCCACACUGGGCCUGCUUCGUGAGCUGCUGCAGGUUCGUGCUCGUGUGCAGCUCCAGGCCUCAGAGCUGCGCCAGCUGAGGCAGGAAGUGCAACAAGUGGCCUGGAGCCCGGAGAAGGAGGCCUUAGAGCUGUCUGGGCCCCAGAGCCAGAACCAGAUACAAGCCCUGGAUAAAAGGCUGGUGGAGGUCCGAGAGGCUUUGACACAGAUCCGAAGGACACAGGUGUUACAGGACACAGAGCGGAAAUGUUCUGAGCAGGAGAUGAACCUCAGGCUGACCAAGCUGACUGACUUGCUGAGGCAAGAGGAGCAGGGCCGGGAAGCAGCCUAUAGCACCCUGCAGAGGAACCAAGAGGAUACCAACGAAAAAGUGGACCAUGGGUUGUCCAAGAUGCAGGACCAGGUGACUAAAUUCAGCGAGGAUAUGAGCAUCCGCUUCCUAAAGAGGGAGGCCAAACUGUGCAGUUUUCUUCAGAAGUGUUUCCUGGCCAUGGAGCAGAGAAUGAAGUCUUCAGAGAGCACACGUCUGAUGGCAGAAAGCAGCCUUCGAGAGGAACUGGAAAGCCGCUGGCAGAAGCUACACGAACUGACAGAGGAGCGCUUGCGGGUCCUGCGGGCACAUCGUGAGGAGGAGGAGGGUCACCUACUGGAGCAGUGCCGGGGCCUGGACAAAGCUGUAGUCUACCUGACCAAGUUUGUGCGACAGAACCAGGUGUCACUGAAUCGUGUCCUGAUGGCUGAGCAGAAGGCCCGGGAGGCCAAGGUGAGCUUGGAGGAGAGCCAGGCUGGAGAGCUGGCCUCGUACAUCCAGGAGAAUCUGGAGGCUGUGCAGACGGCUGGCAAGCUAGCCCAGCAGGAAACUCAGGGUGCACUGGAACUGCUUCAAGAGAAGAGCCAGGUCCUAGAAGGGUCAGUGGCAGGUCUGGACCAGCAGCUGAAGGACCUGAGUGACCAUUGUCUAGCUCUCAGCUGGAAGCUAGACCUGCAGGAGCAAACACUAGGCGUGAAGCUGUCCCAGGUGCAGGCUGCAUGGGAAGGUGUAGAAAGGGAGUCCCUGCAGAAUCUGGUCCGGUGGCUAAAAGAGGUCUCAGCUCACUUGCAGGAGGUGCAGGAAAAAGUGAACAACCUGCCCCAGCAGAUAGAAAAUGUCUCUAACAAGUGUGUUCUUCACAAGAGUGAUGUGGACCUGAGGAUCUCUGCCGAGGGCAAGGCCAGAGAGUCUGAGGUUGAGGCUGUGCGACAGGAGCUAGCUACCCUGCUGAUGUCUGUGCAGUUUUUGAAGGAGGAGAACCCCGGACGGAAGAUUGCGGAGAUCCAGGGCCAGCUGGCCACGUUUCAGAAGCAAAUAAUCAAGUUAGAGAACAGCCUCCAGGCCAACAAGACCAUCCAGAACCUGAAGUUUAAUAACGAGACCAAGCUGCGGGCAGAAGAGAUUGCAACCCUGCGUGAGAGCAUGCUGAGCCUGUGGAGCGAGGAGGGCCCCUGGCCGCUGACACUGGGCAGCAAGCGGGUGUUCAUGUCCCUGGUGAGGCAGCGGUUCUUCAUCAAGGACAUAGCCCUGAGCGAGAUGGUCCCUGUGAACUCCUGGGGCGUGUAUCAGGCUGUGAGGUGGCUUCAGUGGAAGACAAUCCUCUUGAACCUGGUGGCCCACCAAAGGCCAGGAGCAAUCUCUGUGAUGACCUACUGGAAGCCUGCACCCAAGAUCCUGUCCCAGAAAUAA